AUGGCGCCAUCAGUACAACAUUAUUUUCAAGCCAUUGUAAACUCCUUUGGCGGGAUUGGCACAGUCUGUGUCGUGUUUGAUACCCUCGGAUCCCACACCGUUUAUGAUCUAAAACUACGUCUAGCACAGACGACCUCUAUAGCUGUUGGACAACAACGUAUCACAACUGUAGGCGGCCACCUCCUAACAGAUUCUCAUGUCUUAUUCGCUGAUCUCCAAGGACCAGCAAUCUUUAAUCUAUCUGUCUCUCUAAGAGGUGGCAGAAGCGCAAUAUUACCUGAUCCUACAUCAUUCAUUCAAGAAGACGAAUUAUUAGAGCAUCCUGAAAAGAAGUGUCGAUUAAACGAACCCACCUCCCUUCCUCUACGAUUGCACUGCACAGCUGAAUCUUCGUCUCAAUCCAAAAAGAUUAACGAACGACCUACAAACACACCCGAAAAGACAAAGGGAAAGGAAAGAGAAACAAGAAAACGGAAACAAAGGGAAUAG